AUGGCCUCAGAGUCCAGGUACCCUCCGGCGCUGAUCACCACGGAGCAAACGCCAGAGGAAGAGCGCAACAUCGACAUCUGCAAGCAAUACAUGGCCAUAGCCUACUCCCCGACCGAGAACAAAGGCGGCCAAUCCGUCUCCCAUCUCUGUCACGCGGACAGCUGGUUCUGGGCACCGGCGACCUUUCCCGGAUGCGAAACGCCCAUGGACUACGCAGAGUCCCAUUCCGUCGUGAUGGCCAGCGUUUCAGACUUGCACAUCAUGCGCUUUGACCAAGUGUUUGCCAAAAACGGCCAUGUCCUGCUGAGAUAUACCGCCGAAGGCAGCCAUGUGGGUAAGCCGUACAAAGGCAUCGAAGCAACGAGGAAACACGCCAUGUGGAGUGCAGCAGCCAUCUUUGAAGUGGAGGACGAGAAGAUCAGGAGCUUCACCAAGGACUGGGACCAGAAGACCAUGCAGAUUCAACUGGGCUGGGCGCCGGUCACCGAGAGCAGUGACCCGAGAUGGAAUGCGCAAGCUCUGGCAGAUCCAGAAACAUCUCGGAAGAAGAAAGAGUGA